UCACCAUCUGCUAUGAUCCACUCCUAUAAAGCCAGCAGCCCGCGCAACUUCUGGCUGGAAUUCGUUUUGAACGAAAGCGGAUCACGCGCGUACGUGGAAGCAGACACCAAGCCAUGCCAGCCAUGUACGCGCUGACCCCCCGCUGCACCCUCCCGCCGGUGCACCGCCGCGCGCCGCCGCCGUGCCGGGCGGCCUCGCCGACGCCGGCGGCGCUGGCCCGCGCCGAUCCGGACGAGCUGCGGUCCACGUGGCCGCAGCGCGCGUGGACGCUGGCCGGCUCGGCCGCCGUGCUCUCCUCGCUCUCCGCGUCCGCCUCCCUCGCCGCCGACUCCGGCUCCUACGCCGAGCCGCUGGCCGCCGCCCUCGCCGCCUACACCGUCGCCGACCUCGCCACGGGCGUCUACCACUGGCUCGUCGACAACUACGGGGACGCCUCCACGCCCCUCGUCGGCGCGCAGAUCGCCGCCUUCCAGGGCCACCACCGCCACCCCUCCACCAUCACGCGCCGGGAGCCCUGCAACAACCUGCACGCGCUGGCGCGCGCCGUCGCGCUCGCGCUCCCCGCCGUGGAGGGCGCGGCGGCCGCCGCCCACGCGCCGGCCGCCGCGCACGCCUUCGCGGGGACCUUCGCGGCGUGCGUGGUGCUGAGCCAGCAGUUCCACGCAUGGGCGCACGAGAAACGCCGCCGGCUGCCGCCCGGCGUCGAGGCGCUGCAGGCCGCCGGCGUGCUGGUGUCGCGCGCGCAGCACGCCGCGCACCACCGCCAGCCCUACAGCACCAACUACUGCAUCCUCAGCGGCGUGUGGAACGGGGUGCUGGACAGGCACAAGGUGUUCGAGGCGCUGGAGAUGGUCGUCUUCUUCCGCACCGGCGUCCGCCCGCGGUCGUGGGACGAAACGCAGGCCGCCUGGAUGGAGGACACCAGCGGCGCCGCCGCCGUCACCGCCAUCGCUGUUACUGACAGUUCGUAACAUACAUCGAGCAUCGUUUCUCGUGAUGGCUUGUACAUACAUACAUUGAUACAUACUACGAUUCAAAAGGUAUGCAGAAGGAUGAGCUGGGAUUGAAAGGAUUGAAGUAACAAGUUAAGAUUAUAGUUAGGCGGGAAAAAUAUAAUAUUUAAUGUAUAUUUUAGGUUGGUUUUGAGGAUGCAAAUCUUGUGGUGUAUGCGAAGAGAAGAGAAUUUUUCAUAGUUGAAAAUGUGAUGAUUUUUUAUGGUCU